AUAAUCGGAAUCUGCGCGAUGGACAAUAAGGCGCGGUCAAAGCCGAUGGCAAAUAUCCUGAACCGGCUGAUCGCAACCGGGCACUAUGAGGUCAUUUUCUUCGGCGACAAGACGAUCCUGGACGAGGACGUGGAAAAAUGGCCGCUGUGCGAUUUCCUAAUAUCCUUCUUCUCCCGGGGCUUCCCGCUGGAAAAGGCGUUCCAGUACUUCCGGCUGCGCAAGCCAUUCUCGGUGAACUCGCUGAUCCGGCAGUUCCUAUUGUUCGACCGGCGCAUUGUGCUGGAGAUGCUGCACAGCAUCGGGGUGACGACGCCGCGCCAUCUGAUUGCCAGCCGCGACGGCGGGCCAGAUGUCCACCCGGCACUGAGACGCGUGGUCGAGCAAAAGAUGAACAUCCAGCUGGGCACGCUGGCGGGAUCCAGCGAUGUGGAAGAGAUUGACGAGGACACGCUGCGGGUGGGCGACCAGAUUAUCCGCAAGCCGUUUGUGGAGAAGCCGUGCGACGCCGAGGACCACAAUAUCUACAUCUAUUACUCGCGCGAGCAGGGCGGCGGGGUGCGCAGGCUGUUCCGUAAGAUCGGGAACAAGUCGAGCGAGUUCCACGCCGGGUACUUCCCCGUGCGCCGCGACGGCUCGUUCAUCUACGAGGAGUUUAUCGACGUGGACAACUCGGUUGACGUCAAGGUCUAUACGGUGGGCAAGGAGUAUGCGCAUGCCGAGACCCGCAAGUCGCCAGUCGUGGACGGCCAUGUCAGGCGCAACAACGAGGGCAAGGAGAUGCGGUUCGUGACGCCGCUUAGCGAGGAGGAGGAGGACAUCGCCCGGGCUGUCUCUGAGGCGUUCGGCCAGCGCGUGUGCGGAUUCGACCUGCUGCGCGCCAACGGCCAGUCGAUGGUGAUCGACGUCAACGGCUGGUCGUUUGUCAAGGGCAACGACCAGUACUACGACGACACUGCAAGCAUCCUCGACACACGCUUCCAGGAGGCCCUGCACCACCGCUGGGUGGCCCGCUUUGUCGACGCAGACAACGUCGGCAAGCAGACAUACGAGUCGCGCUGGGUACUAAAGGGUGUGUUCAAUGUGUGUCGCCAUGCCGAUCGCACGCCCAAGCAGAAGAUAAAGUACGUGCUGCGCAGUCUGCCGAUCAUGCAGCUGCUGGGCGAAUCCACCAGCGAGAUCAUGCUUCGGACCCCCGAAGCGCUGCGUGGCGCCUUGGAGGCGCUGCAGAAGGCAAGGGCGCUCGAUCCGGGCGUCGACGCACCCGGCGAUCUGGAGCACCUGGAGGACGUGCUGCAGAGAAAGAUCGACUUUCUGGGCACCAAGGUGCAGGUGAAGCCGCAGAAAAACAAGGAGACAAAGCAUGUGGACUGCGUGCAGUUUGUGCUGAAGUGGGGCGGCGAGUGCACCCAUGCAGGCAUCGUGCAGUCGCAGGACCUGGGCGAGAACAUGCGCAAGGACCUGCUGCUCAUCAACCGCCACCUUCUGGAUGACGUCAAGAUUUACUCCAGCACUGAGCGCCGUGUGCUGUCGACUGUAAACGCAUACUGCGCGGCGUUUCUGAAUGGAAAGCCGUUCAAGGAUCUGAUUACCGUGCGCGCAGACAUGCUCGACGACAGCACGGAGGCGAAGGACGAGAUGGAGAGAGCAAAGACGCAGAUCCGCGGCUUCUUCAACUUUGACGGGCCCCUGGCCGCCAACCCGUUCUGCACGCCCAACAUGCGCCUGCCCAAAGACAUGGGCAGCCAUCCCAGGGUGUUUGUCCGCGAGUUGUGCUCGCUGAUGUGCCGCCUGAUUGCGCGCAUGGAACGCAAUUUCCAGGACCUGGGCAAGGACGGGCUGAGGGAGCUGCAGGACGAGUGGUGCUGCGGCGAGACCCCCGAGCUGUUCCGCGAGAGGUGGAAGAAGAUCCUCAGCGACUUCCAGUUGGUCAACAAGGACGGCAGCGAAAUGUACGAUCCAGCCAAGGUCGGCGAACUCUACGACUCGCUCAAAUACGACGCGCUGCACAACCGCCGGUUCCUGGAGCGCAUCUUCAUCUACGAGCACUCGGCGCCGCCCGACUACCCGCCCGACCUGCUGUUCACGCAGCAGGACGUGCGUGCGCUCUACUACAAGGCCAAGCUGCUGUUUGAUUUUGUCACAAGGCGCGAGUACGGCAUUGAGCCGCCGCAGCGCAUGGCCAUCGGCGUCCAGGCGCUUGUGCCGCUGCUGCGCCAGCUGGCUGACGAUCUGACCGAUGUCAAGAACGGGAAGGACGCGCGCGUGCGGUUCUAUUUCACCAAGGAGUCGCACAUCCACACGCUGCUGAACCUGGUGUUUAUGUGCGACAUGCAGACCAUGAUCCCGUACGAGAAGGUCGAGGAGCUGGAUUAUCUGACCCACAUUAUCUUUGAGGUGUAUGAACGCAAGCCCGACGUGGACGCCGCGCUGGACCGCGAGUACUCGCUUCGCAUUGGGUUCAGCCCAGGCGCCAAUUGCUAUCACGUGCUCGACAUGAACAUUGACGCCACGCAUGCGCUCAAGGUUCUGCCGCGCCGCAACUUCACCUAUCAUAUUCCCCUCGACAAGGCCAUUGACAAGCUCCGGGGUCUUUUAAACGAGAUAGAAUGA